UGUAGUCUUCCCGCGCACCGGGGAUUGCACUCCCUGGCCGCCAUUUGCAUCUGUGGUUUGCUCUCCACCAUAGCGGAUGCUAAGCCAAAGGAGUCGAUCUCAAGGGCAAGGUGAGCCAGGGAGGUGCGCGCGGCCGUUUCAUUUUGGAUGCAGGGGUAGGAGAGCAGAGGGAGGCAGUUGGGGGCGCCGGAUACUCGACUGGAUUUACGCGAGAGCCGGGGGAAGAGGGGGUGGUAGAGGGGUAGCAGAACGACGCACCUUGCGGCUAUUGAAUUUGCACUAACGUGGCAGACAGCUUUCGAAGAGACCGACUGUCGAACUCGCUCUUGGUGGGAUAGUAUAUAUAUUUCGGUGGCGGGAAGGCUAUAUAUUGGCGGGAGUACUACAUCUCGGUGGCGGGAAGCUAUAUUUUGGCGGUAAGGGAGGGGGUACUGGCGGAAGAACGCUGGCUCUUGCGCUGUAUACACGUGGCUGAGAAAGACGAAAGGCAACGGAGAGCUACAGAGGCACUGUUCCACCUGCUGCGGCUGGAAGGAACGAGGUCGGGCCGUGGAGAAAAGGCAGGGCGGCGGACUGGAAGAGCAGAAGAUUGAACCCUGCCGAGGUGGGUGCGUGGUGGGCGGGAAGCCGCCGCCGAGCGUGUGACUGCUGGGGCCUGCAAUGGCGAAAUACUGCUAAUCUUUUCAUGAAUCCUUUUUUGUGGUCGGUUAGGGGUGGUAAGGAACACGGUAGCAGUUGUCCUGUUUAGAGAGUAGGAGGAGAGAGAGAGGAACCUAGGAGGAGUGAGGAAUUGGUUGGGAGUGUGUUGGGAUCGAGGCAGAAAAGGCAGGUGCUCUGGGUAGGGGAGCGAAGAGGGAAAGAAAGAAAGAAAGAAAGGACGUGGAUGUGCGGUAAUAUUAUUUAGGCCUGGACGCCAACAAGUAGGGGCUGUUGUUGCGCAUUUUUUUUUGGCCCGUCGCCAUGGGAAACAUGCAGUGGGAAGGAGGGACUGCCACGUCGACGGCCGGAUCCGUUAUGCUAGAUAACGUGUCGACCAUGGAGGCGCUUAAUGCUCAGCAUCAUCAUCACCACCCAGUUCUCAAGGCGCAAUCACCGGUAUCGAGCUGUAGUGUCGAAUCUCGAAUCGGUGGAGGAGGGCACGUGCUGCCGGUGGCAUUUCCGCAGCCGGCGGGACUCGUUAUCGACAGAGACAAGGCCGGGUCGGACUUUUCGGCCGCCGCGGAGAGCCAGCAGAGCGACGUCCUUCGUUCUCCGGCCUCGGUGCUGGACAGCAUUCCGGAAAUGAGUUGGCAGUCUGUACCUGGGCUCGAAGCCGGUCAGGUUCAGCAGCUUCAUUUCGUCGCCACCUCUGGGGUCCAGUGGAAACACCCCGAAGCUCCUCUUACCCUGAUCUUCACGUUGCAUUACGGGGGAGAGGUGGAGGCGGACGGGAAUUGCUUGUUCACAGCUUCGCAGAAGGCAAUGGGUGUGGAAGCCUCCGCAUCCGAAGUCCGAGAGCGCACGGUGCAGCGCUUCUUGCUGGAUUACGAGUCGGAUGAAAUCGAUAAGGACGCGGCGGACACUAUGAUCAGCCACUUGUACUCGCCGGAUCUGACGACCGGGUGGGGUGUGCACGUUGUGCAAGAUGUGAAGUUGCUGGCCAAGAAAUCGGAAAGGGAGGAGAUGGAUGAGGCGAUCGAGGAGCUGGUUUCCGUGGGCAUGACGAGGGACAGGGCGGCGGAGUCGGUGUACAAGGAGAGGUGCUUGUGUGUGAACGAAGGUUACAGCUGGGUGAAGUACAUGUCGGUGUCAGGCCAACCGACGGACGAGCACGACAUCAUCACUCUGCAGUACACGGAGGAAGGGUUGUUGAGUGUGGACGAGAACCGGCGAGGGAGAGCGGCAGCCUUUGGCGACGAUAUAGCCAUCGAGAGUCUGGCGACGGAGUACGAGAGGGAGAUCUUCGUCGUGCAAGCGCAUGGGUCGGAUGCCAUGAUGGAGGAGGCUUGCCUCUUCUUCUUGCCCCAUCGUCCAAGGAGGGUCAAGGGUAAGUUUCGGCAGCCGGUGUUUCUCCUAAUGAAAGGCACGGGCUGGUGUGGGGGCGGAGGAGACCACUAUGAACCGCUCAUUGCGCGUUUGCGACCGAAAGAGGAGGUGGUGGGCAAUGCACCCUUCGUGUUGUAAUCUGAACAUUAACCUUGUGAGGAUGGACGACGGAUGAAGAUGAAGAUGAAGAUGAAGCUGAAGAUGAAGAUGGGAGGAUUGAAGUUUGGCUCGCAAGGGAUGGGUCGAUUUAGGGAUAAAAUUCUUUGAUGAUUGUUUAAUUCAUUAUUAUGCAUGGGUAUGUAUGAUUCGUCUUUUUGUCAAGUCACGGACAGACACUGUCUUCUGCUGUGGAGUCAGAGGAUGCAACCAACUGCUGCAACCAAGUAUGUCAUUUCUUCCAGGGUGGAAUAAGGUACGGAGGGAGAAGGGAACGGGCCGUUUGUUGUUGUUGGGGCGUCGUUUCCUGCUCCAACUCUUCGGCUGGAGCACGCUCCCCCUCAACCCUUGUUUGUACGAAAAGUGCAGUUUUCUCAAACGUAGGCGUGUGUGCUGAUAAUAAGCAGCAGGGAAAGAGUGUCGUGUUAUGUUUCUGCCGCCAGUCUAAUGGCGGACGAGUUUUAAUAUGCACGAGUUCACGGAGAGCGAUUUUUUUUUUCUUUCCGGUUGUGCGCGGCCAUUGAACUGAGAGCGACAGCCAAAUAAGGGAGUAGAACGACAGGCGGAGUUGGACAUGUCGGUAUAGCACUAGGAGUUGCGGGAAGAGACUAACGGAGACUGAUAGACACAGACACUAAGAUAGAGGGUAGGGUAGGUAGAGACAGACAAACACGCGGGUGGAAAAAAGGAAGGGCAGAGAGAGAGAGAGAGAGAGAGAGAGAGAGAGAGAGAGAGAGAGAGAGAGAGAGAGAGAGAGAGAGAGAGAGGCGGCUAAAGAAGUUCCGUUGGAGCGUUGAAAAUGCACAUCAGGAGACACAGGGUAAGGAGUCCCACAAGCGGUGUACCUGCCUGUUGUAUGUGGGCGUAUGUCAAUCAAGGGAGAUCUAUAGAAAGGUGGAGGACGGUUGCUGGAUUUCGUGCGUGUGCGUGUGUGUGUGUCACGAGAGAGAGAGAGAGAGAGAGAGAGAGAGAGAGAGAGAGAGAGAGAGAGAGAGAGAGAGAGAGAGAGAGAGAGAGAGAGAGAUUUUUGGAUGACUCGGAAAGGCAGGGUAUCCCUGAGAGAGUACAACAUCAAGGUGGUCAAGUAUUGAUAGAUGCCCUUGUUAUGGUAGUAACAAGUUCUUGGGUGGGAUAGUGUUUCUUUUGCCUGCCGUAUCUUCUGCGUGUCUCGUUGGGUGUCACUUUUGGGUUCUGAUUUGUCCUUGUUUCAAAGAAGCGGCGCAUCUCUUCACGGUUUUGGCGACACUUGCAACACGACUGGCUCAGGCGAUUGUAUGUGUGUGACUCCUUUAUGAGGGCACUACAUGCUCUUUUGUAGAUGAUCGCCCUCCGCAAGUCCGACCUUGGAGACAGCAUCAGCUCUGCUGCAAGUCGGACCUUGGAGACAGCAUCAGCUCUGCUGCAAGUCAGACCUUGGAGACCGCAUCAGCUCUGCCGCUUUCGUUUGAUUCAUUCCACAUGGCAAUUGGAAUUCUUUUGGGCGACUCCCACGACGAGCCGUGAUGUUGCAGCAUGACGUAUGUCCCUCAGCGGCUCAGACUCGCAUGCACUAUCCUCUUCUGUCAACCUUGUUACUGUUCUGAUUCUAUUUGUUCCAAACAUGGGUCUCAUAGUGUUUUGUACGUACGAAAAAAUGAUCGUGUCUUUUGUACGUAUGGACUUACGGGGCUAUAUUUUGUUUUAGUUUUGCAGUCAGCGACAUAGUCAGUUUAUGUUAUUUUCAUGUUCAUCACCUUCAUGGAGCCAGGACGAAGGGUGAGCUCUGUUUUCUGUCCGCCUAUACAUUUUGUAGCCUUUUUGUAUUCAGUCUGGGAUUCCUGUUACAGUCAUAUUUGAAUAAUUUGAUUGAGUUAUUGUUAUGGAGAUAAUGAAGCAAAUAUUUAAUU